UUUUUCAACUAUCACAUAAUUUUAUUUAUAAAAAUAUAUACCCUUUUUCGUAACCAAUAUAGGGUAUUAAAGAUAAAUAAAACCAAAACAAAUGGUGGCACCAGCUGGCACUCUCCAAAAUAAUACAAAUUCCGACGAAGAUGAGGGUGUCCGGUCGGCCCCAACUUCAAUGCUGGUGCUGGACGCCAAACGGAAGAGUGCCUUCCUGCCUUACCGACCCCAGUCCACGGUAUUAACAAACCUACAACGCGGGAACACCGAGGCCACCUUUUGUCCAGUCGAGGUUUCGCUCUCUUUCCACGAACGAGCUGGCCAGGGAGAGAUCACUGAGGAGCAGGUUGCUGCUGAACAGACGCGUCAGCAGGACAUUGACCAAAAAGACAGUCAUGGUUUCACGGCCCUCCAUUGGGCAGCUUCCUAUGGGCAACUGGUGUCUGUGCAGCUCCUCGUUGCUGCUGGUGCCAAUGUAAAUAAUAUGGCCCCGGAUCUGGUCAGUCCACUUCUUCUGGCCGCUGCUGGUGGGCACAACGAGAUCGUCCGCUUUCUGCUUGAGCACGGCGCGGAUUCCGGUCACAUGGACAUUGUUGGGAGUACGGCGCUCAUGUAUGCAGCUGCCGGCAAUCAUCCUCAUACUUGCAAUGAGUUGCUGGCGAGAGAUUUGGAUCUGAGUGCCACUAACGAGGACGGGGACACUGCAUAUUCCCUUGCCGUGGAGCAUGGCGCUCAUCUGGCUCAGGCACUGCUGGAGCAGUACAUGACGGCAAUAAUAACGGCGGGUGCCUUCGGUAGUAUUUAAUUGUAUGUAGAUUUAAGGCUUUAAUGUUUUGUAUAAGUCUAGAAUCAUUUGUCCUGUUUUAAAAAAAGUGUAAAGCUCAAAGCACAA